AUGACAUUGGAUUGUGCCGCUCCAUCACCGGAUCUUGAGAAAGAUGUUCUCAAAGAACAGACCAUCUUAAAUCAUCUUCCAUCCCUGAGGGACAAAAAACUCGAGAAUGACACUAUUGGUCAUAUCACUCCAACUCGCGAGAAAGCUCAGGGAGACCACCAGCAUCUCCAUCCAACUGUCAGGGACACCUAUGAGGUGAAAGCUGGAAUUCUUGUCGAUGGAGAAGUUCUUUAUACCAACAGGGACCUGGGUUUCAUCGUUGAGAUCGAACGGACCUUGACAAGAAUGGAUGAUGAACUAAGCGUCCCCGCAACACUCCCUCCUGGCGAUCAUAAAUCCACUUCUUGUCUAGGAGAGACUCAGAGCCUUGAAACCAGCUACUCAUCUCUGAAGCCUAUCUCUCCCGGAUUCUCACAGCACCGCCAGACACGAUCACCCCAGGCCAGCAAUUCUCAUAGAGAGUUUGUAGUGCCUUCUCCAAUUGAACCCAUCAAGGUCUCUAUGUAUAAACCCGCUAUAGAUCCAAAGGGUACUAUUGCGUCACAUAGCCCCAGGGAGCAGGGGGCAAGUAAUAACGCUUCCCCUCUUGUCAACGGCAUACUCCGUACGCCUGAAAGAUACACCCCUACCAAAUCGGUGAGAUUCACCUCUUCCAAGAAUACUCAACCUGCUCAGAACACCCAACGCACUCUCCCUUUGGGUACUCGUAAACUCGAACAUCCGGGGUUUGAGGCCAUCACCUUCCGCAUCGUCAAGCGGAAGCACUCUGAUGUUGCUAGAGACCCUUCUAGGCCGUUUUGUGAGAUAAGCACGGAGUUGAACAGAGAAAAUGAUAUGCGUGCUCGUAUCUAUCACGCAGGAAAUGAUAAACCUCGUGCAUCCAGGAGAAAAACACCACGAAAUUCUGCCUACCGUUGUCCACCGCCGCCACCCAACACUCCUACAGGAUUAAGUUCCCAAGUGAACAUCGAAACCCUGGCAAUGGAGCUUCAUAGAGCGCUUAUGAAGAUAAAUACACCAUCUCCUUAUUCUCACCGCUCUCCUGCACCGCCUAAUAACACCCCUCCGAACCCCAAGCUUUCUACCGAAUCACCCUUCGCAUCAAUCGAUGACAGUUCACCUAUUCAACCUGUAUUCAUGUACUCCGUCACUCCUCCACCGACCGGAAGGAUGAUUGUUUCCAGCCAAGAAGCUUCUCAGCCAGGCCUGGAAUCUUCGCUCCGCUUCGAAUAG